AUGCAAGAAAUCUUUAGGCAAGACCAAACAACGAGUGAUGAAACAAAUCACACAACAACAAAUCUUGGCCGUAUUAUUUCUGAUCCCAAGUCUAUAAAGCAACAAAUUGAUGAAUGGAUUGCUCUCGCAAAUGAUCCCUCACGAUACCACGUAUUUUAUCUGGAUACGGAAGUGGCAGGAUUCCGAACGAAGCAUGAACGAUUGUCAACCAUUCAGUGUUUGGUCGUUUCUCGAGAAAGAAUGAAAGAAAAAUCUGUAUUAUUUUCAAAUGAUGACCAAAUAGUUCCAUAUUCUUUGCAAGUGAUUAUGGAAGAAGAAGAACAAAUUGCAAAGUCGAAAGAAUGUAAUGGCUCAGCCUGUCUUGAUCAUUCAACAAGACAUGAUGAAGAAAAAUCUUUGCAAGAAGAUACUCCGAAUGACAUGAAUAUUAAUUCCUCUUUAAUUGAAGACUUGAAAAAUGUAUGCAUUGACGAUGCGCUACCAAAUGGAAAGAUUGUGAUUUUGGAUGUAUUGGAUUGUGAAGAAAUUGUAGAUUACUUUAUUGAUAAUAUAAUGUACAAUGAAAAUUUUGAAAAGGUUUUUCACUUUAAGUCUUUUGAUUUGAAGUAUUUGGGAGGAGUUCAAUAUUGUAAAAAUGUGACCUGUACACACGAAAUUUCGAGCAAGUUUUUGCCCUAUCACUUGAUUCCUAUUUCAAACUUUAAAUUAGAAACCUUAACCAACUACAUGAUUCACAGAAUACAACACUAUUUUUCCUCUAUCAAUAAUCAUCCAAGUGACACAGUCACAGCUCAAUAUUCAUUAGAGUUACGAAAUGAAAUAAUACGAAUUUUGACCUAUUCCAACAAGAAGGAAUUACAAGAAUCCAAUUGGCUCACGAGACCUCUCACACCAUUGCAAACGGAGUACGCAGCUCAAGAUGUCAUUGUACUUUUUGCAUUGCACCGUCUACUUCUCUAUAUGCUCGUGAAAGAAGAUUCAGCGUUUCACUGCCUCUCCUUUCUGAAAAAGUUGUACAAGGAACGAAGUGGAGUUGUAUCCAAUGACGAUGAGGAAAAUGAUGAAAAUACUAGUGAGAAUGGUGGCUUCCUUCCUCAAUCAAUUUUGAAUUCACAACUCUUCGAUCAUGCCCAACACCUUCCUUCCAUUGAAAAUGAGAUGAAACUCAUGGAACAUGAAUACAAAUUACUAGAAUCAAAAAUGAUGACGCUCCAAGAACGAGUGAAAGAAGUCAUGUUACGAGAAAGUAUAACCGAAACGUCAUACUUUAAACUUCGGAAUGAAAUGCGAGCCAUUUUUUCUUUGCGUUGUAAACAAUAUUUUUUGGUUGAUCAAAUAUUUCUUGAAAAAUCGUUUGAAAAAAAAUACGCCACAACACACUUCAUAGAAAUGUCAACCACCGAGAAGCCAAAACGCAAGCCAUUCCAACCAAGAAAGAAACUCCCAGCUGAAGUUUCUUUGGAAACCACCUUCAAUCUCCACAGAGAAUUGGUUGGCAAGCCAAUCCAAAGAAGAGCUGCUAGAGCUGUUCGUGCUAUCAAGGCUCACGCCAGAAAGUUGAUGAACACAAGCAGAGUUAAAUUGGACCCUGAAUUGAACAAGUAUGUCUGGAACCAAGGUAUCCACAAUCCACCAAAGAAGGUCAGACUUGUUUUGAGAAGAAUGGCUAACCCAGAUAAUGAAGAUUGGGAUAAGGUUAACAAAUUCCAAACUAUUGUUGGUUUCAAGGUUGUUCCUACAUUCAAGGGACUCCACACUGCUGUUGUGCAAGAAUCCGAAACUGAUUAA